GAAGAGGAGCCCUGAGAAGGAGCAGGAGGUUUUUUUGUAUUUAUUUUCCCCCCGAGGAGAAGAAAAGUUCAUCAGGGAAAGUUGAGUCGGUGGCACAUAUUUCACGGCCUCCCCAACAUGGACCGAGACAGUCACAGCGAGGACACGCUGUCCACGAUGGUCCUGGAGAACAUAAAGAACAAACUGAUCCGCGCCUUCAGAGCCACGGCCGAGUCCAGAGGAGAACAUGAGGACUGCAGCGUGGACAGGAGUCAGCAGGCCAACGAAGAGCUGCGGCGGGCGCAGAUCGAUGGAGCACUGACCUGGCUGAGAUCAGAACUGAUGGAAAUGCGCAGCCAGGACCUCCAGCUGGCUCAGACCCUGCUGGGGCUCAGCUCCGAGAUCCAAAGACUGAGGAGGGAGAGUUUCGGGGCUGUGGACGCAGAGGGGGACGACCAGCAGUAAGACGUCCGUCACACUGCUUCUUUGGGACUUAACUGACCGAGGAAAUCCGUGGAGGAUGAAGAAACAACUACUAAUAAAACGACAGCGCACCUUUUAUUUUAAAUGAAUGAUUCAGAACUAAAUAAAGCAGCUGCAUCACAACUAAAUGGAUCUAAUAAUGAG